AUGGCGGAAGAUAAGCCUGUCAAGAGUUUAGAAGAUAACUCUGAGAUAGUUACAUAUGGAAUGUUUGAUGAUACUCUCUUCCCUGAUAAUAAAAAUAGAUUGAGAAGAGCAAAUGAAUUACAAAAUGAUAUUAAACUUUUUGUAAUCGAACUUGUUAAUAAAAAAGAAAAAUUAGAUUCACUUCUUGAAACUUUGAAAAAAAAAUUAGAUCAUAUAUCGGAAAAACUCGACAUUCCUAAAAUUCAAUAUAUUGAAAAAGAAGUUUAUGAAGAUUCUUUUUUUUGGUUUCCUAAAACAAUAGAAUUUGUUUUAGAUUUUAUAAUAUUUCGAAAAGCUUAUCAUCACGCGUUUAAAUUUUGGAGUUUAAAAUUACAACCUACAAUUAAUAUUCCCAAUCCAGAUAUUCCUUCUCAAAGUUUUUCUAUCCCACGUCGAGUUCCUAGACCUGUUCCAGAUCCAAAAAUUCCUCCUUUACAAAAAUUAUGGUUUACUUUAAAAUGGAAUGGUAGAGUUUUUUCUACUGUGAUAAGUGGUUUUGUCACUGUAUUUGUAGCUAUUGGUAUUGAUUUAAUAAUUAGCUCAUAUACCGGCGCCCAAAGAAGAAAAGAAAUGCAAAAUUUUAUUAAAGAAUGUCGAGAACCAUGUAUCGAAUUAUACCACGAUAUGAUGGUUUUAGAUUUAAUCAUAGAACAAAUUAAUGGAUUCAUAAUUGCAAUAGAUAUAGUAGAAUAUAAAAAUCCUUCAAAAAACGAAUUACAAGAAAUGUUUAAAAUUUUUCAAGAUAAAUGUAAUGAGAAAAUUCACGAAAUUGAUUACAGUAAAGCAGAUAAAGUAUUAAAAGAAACAGAUGAACAGAGAGGUUCUUGGACAAAUGAGGGAUAA